GGGCCCUCAGCCCGCUCCGGGCGGGUGGGGCUGUCGAGGGGCCGCGCCUUGGCCGACUCCUGCCUCCAGUCCCCACGGGGCAGCUCCGUUGUGGAUCCUGUCCUUUCUGCUAACGAGCAGGCUUGGGCUCUUCAGAGGCGAGAUGGGAGGUUAAAAGAGCCAUUUUAAUGCUGUAGCGUGCCUUGGCUGCAGGGUUGUGGCAGCUGGGGUGAAGAGGAGGACGUUAUCUGUCUCUGGCGUCCCUGUGCCGCCUGUCUGAAGGUGCAAGCAGCUCCCCAGCAAGUGGCCGAAGACAAAUUUGUGUUUGACUUACCGGACUAUGAAAACAUCAACCACGUAGUGGUCUUCAUGCUGGGAACUGUACCAUUUCCUGAAGGAAUGGGAGGAUCUGUCUACUUUUGUUACCCGGACCAGAGUGGGAUGGCAGUGUGGCAGCUGCUGGGGUUUGUUACUAACGAGAAGCCAAGUGCAAUCUUUAAAAUUUCUGGUUUGAAAUCUGGGAAGGGAAGCCAGCACCCCUUUGGUGCCAUGAAUCUCCCACAGACACCAACGGUGGCCCAGAUCGGCAUCUCUGUAGAGCUGCUGGAGAACCUGGCACAGCAGACUCCUGUUGCAAAUGCUGCUGUGUCAUCAGUUGAUUCAUUCACAGAGUUCACCCAGAAAAUGUUGGAUAACUUCUAUAAUUUUGCAUCCUCGUUUGCUGUUACUCAGGCACAGAUGACACCAAACCCCUCUGAGGCUUUCAUUCCUGCAAAUGUAGUCAUGAAAUGGUAUGAGAACUUCCAGAGACGCCUGACACAGAACCCUCUCUUCUGGAAAACAUAAGCUUGAAUCAUGUCAUUUGAAGUGCUCUCUGAUCUGGAGUAUACAGCAAAUAACUUCACUGAAGAACUUUGAGGCAGAAAAAAAACGAUUAGUCUGAAUAGACCAACUUGUAACUUUUAUAUUACUCAAAUUAUUUAAAAUUAAAAUCUGUGAAAACUG